UUAUGGCUCGAACGAACUCGCCUCGAUGGAAUGAUGUUAGGAGGUGUGUCCUAUGGCAUAUUCACUCUCCUUACAGUACAAGCCGCGACUGCUCUGAUGCAACGGCCUCGAUAUGGUGGAAAAAUCGCAAAUAAUCGACUCGUGCUUCUUUUCUAUAUUUUUAUCACGUUCGCACUGGGGACAAUAGGCUGUGCUGCGAAUGCGAGAUAUACAGAGAUGAUUUGGAUAGACCUUCGCGAUGCACCUGGUGGUUCGCUCGCGCUAAUAGAGAGCUCAAUGGAUUAUCGUAUCAACGUUAUGGCACUUUCCGUUUAUUUCAUCAUGGGGUGGUGUAUGCAAGCUCUGCUUCUCCAUCGAUGUUUUGUGAUAUGGUGUCGGGCAAAAUCGGUGAUGGUCCCAAUGAUCGCUUUUUACAUUGCUAUGCUUGCAGUGUCUAUUCUCAUCAUGAUCCAGAUAAGCACCGGAGCCAAAAUUUUCAAGAUCAACACCAUACUUCUCUUCCUCUGCAUGGAAGUAGGUUUCACUUUGUUUUAUACGAUUCUCGUGACGAGUCGUCUACUCGUCAUGCGAAGCCAGAUGAAGCAGGCGGUGGCCCAAUAUCCCAUGGCUCAAUAUAAUUCUAGCACCUAUGAUACCGUCGUCAUCAUGCUCAUCGAGUCCGCCAUGUUAUACUCUGUCUUCUGCGUGGUUCUUAUAGUCUCUGUUGCGUCACAUUCUGACGGCGUCUUCAAUCUAUGCUACUUGUCCAUUACCAAUAUUCAGGGCAUUGCCCAAUUGCUCAUCAUCAUCCGUGUAGCACGUGGGCGGGCAACUACACGCGAC